AUGGGAGUUCUAAUCUUUUCUCUCUUGGUGAGUUAUACCUUUAGUUUAGGAGAGGAUAGGCUUGUCAAUUGUUUGAAGAAUCCUUUUAAAAAAGGGGUUGUAAAAAUUUCUAAAAUCAAAUUUUUAGAAGUAGAAAAUUUGAGGAGGGUUAGGGGAGGAGAAGGGGUUGGAGGGUUCAAGGGGGAUAGCGUCGACUGUGUUUGUACUGUUAAGUCAGGGGAGGGGAUGGCGGGAGGAAGUUAG